UGAGCACUUAACGCAUAAAAAAUGAUCUUUGCCUGCAUCUGGUACUCAUCACCAUCGCAUGUGAAGGGGUCGAUCAAAUUUCUAAUUACGUGUGUUCCUCAGUGUCUUGGGGAAAAGUUGCUAGUAACCAAAAGCCAACGUCAGGGAACCAACUUAGGAAAGAAAAAAAAAGACCAGACAGUGGUAUAGUCAAAACCAGAAUGGUUGUGGUUACCUUUGACAUAACUUAAUGGAUGGCUACAAACUUACAAUGAAAUACGUAUUUCCCAAAAAAGUGUGGGGACCCGAAUGAGAUGACCCAUAAAGCAGAAACGACGACCAUCGAUUGUGGCCAAAACCCUGCCACUAUACAAGUCCACUCGCAGGGCUCUAACCAAGCCUAUAUAUGAUCGCUUUCUCUCUAAACUCCUUGUCAUUUCCUAUAGGGCUAAAGCCAGUUUUUAUUUUUCUUUCCUCUCCCGUCCUAGAGACCAUAGAGCCACAUUUAUGUCGGAUACUACCCUGUUUGGACACUUGCCACAAACCAACCCUGCCGUUUGACCUUUGCUUCAAUUUCCCACUUUCUUUAUUACUGCCCCACUUCCUCUUCCUACUCACUUUUAAUAAUCUUCUGUUCAUUAACCAUAUUAGCUUGAACAGUUCAGAGAACUUGAGAAAAGAAAGGCAGAGAUGGCCCCAGAGAUGCAAAAGACCAGCAUGUUCAUUGAGCAAAGCCCUGGAGACUAUGAGAAUGGGGAUAUCAGCGAGAGCUUGGACGAUGAUGGUCGAGCCAAAAGAACCGGGACUUGGCUUACCGCAAGUGCUCAUAUUAUUACUGCUGUGAUUGGCUCUGGAGUGCUAUCUCUUGCAUGGGCUAUUGCCCAGUUGGGAUGGGUGGCUGGACCAGCUAUUCUUAUGGUUUUCUCCAUCAUCACCUACUUCACCUCCACCCUUCUUGCUGAUUGCUACAGGGCUCCUGAUCCAGUCCAUGGAAAGAGAAACUACACCUACAUGGAUGUUGUUAGAGCUUACUUAGGAGGAAGAAAAGUCCAGCUCUGUGGAUUGGCUCAGUAUGGAAAUCUUAUUGGAGUAACCAUUGGUUACACUAUCACAGCAUCAAUAAGCAUGGUGGCCGUCAAAAGGUCAAAUUGCUUCCACAAGCAUGGCCAUAAUGUGAAGUGCCAAACAUCAAACUACCCUUUCAUGGUCAUCUUUGCUUGCAUCCAGAUCGUUCUCAGCCAAAUCCCAAACUUCCACAAACUUUCAUGGCUCUCAAUUCUUGCAGCCAUCAUGUCUUUCGCUUAUUCUUCCAUUGGCCUUGGACUCUCCGUAGCCAAAGUUGCAGGUGGGGCACAAGUGAGGACAAGCUUAACUGGAGUGACAGUAGGGGUGGAUGUGUCAGGAUCUGAAAAAGUUUGGAGGACAUUCCAGGCUAUCGGGGACAUCGCCUUUGCCUAUGCUUACUCCACCGUCCUCAUUGAGAUUCAGGACACGAUCAAAUCGAGCCCACCAGAGAACAAAUCUAUGAAGAGAGCAACUAGCAUUGGUGUUUCAACAACCACUUUAUUUUAUGUACUUUGCGGCCUUGUUGGUUAUGCAGCAUUCGGAAACGAUGCACCAGGAAAUUUCCUCACCGGCUUCGGUUUCUAUGAACCCUUUUGGAUGAUUGACUUUGCCAACAUCUGCAUUGCCAUCCAUCUUAUUGGUGCAUAUCAGGUUUUCGCCCAACCGUUAUUCGGGUUCGUCGAGGGCUGGUGCUCCAGACGUUGGCCUGAUAGCAAGUUCAUUACACGUGAACAUGCUGUUGUUGUUCCAUGCUACGGUGUUUACUAUGUCAACUUCUUCAGGUUGGUAUGGAGGACAGCAUACGUUAUUGUGACAGCCGUGGUAGCCAUGAUAUUUCCUUUCUUCAACGAUUUCUUGGGUCUUAUUGGAGCAGGCUCCUUUUGGCCAUUAACAGUCUACUUUCCAAUAGAGAUGCACAUUGCACGAACCCAUAUUCCCAAGUACUCGCUCAGGUGGACGUGGCUGAAAAUACUCAGCUGGGUUUGCUUGAUAGUAUCACUCAUUGCUGCUGCUGGAUCUGUUCAAGGACUGAUUCAAAGCCUCAAGGCAUACAAACCAUUUCAGACUCAGUAAUGAUCCUUACCUACAGCUUAAUUCUCUGAAAUAUGUAACACUGUUGAAUAAGAAUGAAUUUGUGGAAACCGUAAUUUAUUCUCUUUUCUUAUGUAUUCCAAAUGCAAAUCUGCUUGUAUUGUGUUUCCCUGAAA